AUGAAUAAAAGGAGACUUGAGGAUCAAUUCAGACAAAGAACACGCAACCAACCAUAUUCAGCUGAGAGUGAUAUUAAUGCUAGAUUAUUCCCAGAUAUGAAUUCAAGUCCAAGAAGAACAAAUUAUGCAGCAAUUAAUCCAGAAUCACCGAAUAUUCAACAUAUGCAGCAGUUUUCUAGAUUUUCAGAGUCACCGCAGAUAGAAAGGAGACAUUCUCCAGCAACUAAUUCUAGAUUGCCAUUUUUCGAGUCAGAUCCACCAAGCAACACAAAUGACUAUUCCCAAAAUUCAAGCCAAGCAUCAUCACACCAAUCAACGCCACGUUCUGUCACACCUAAGAAAAAAUAUCCAGUUCCACCUGUAAACGAAUCAAAAAUGCCAACAAAGCAAAAGAUCUUCACUACUGUCCUAUUUUUUGCUGGAAUUAUUACGACAAUUUUUUCAGUUUUAUCUCAUCCAUCAACUUAUUGCAUCGACGGACUUCCUUUUAACGGCUGUAAGAGAUGCCCUCAGCAUGCUACAUGUUCACUCAAAUCAUUUCAAUGCGAAAGAUUUUAUGUUCCAAUAGAUAACCAUUGUGUCAACGCUUCAUUGUCUGAAGCAGCUACAUGUGUUCGCGAAAAAUUCAAAUUCGAUGAGAACUAUCUUACUUCAGAAUUAAGUUUUAAUGCUGCAGCAUUUAACUGCGGAAAUGUUAAAGAAGUUAUCAACACAUUCAGUGAUAUGUAUGAGGAUGAAAAUUAUUUAACAGAUGCUAAAAUUGUCAUGGUUAGAUCAUAUCCUCCUGUUAAUAUCUUAUUAUAUUUAGCCAUUGUCAUUUGGAUUUGUUUGAUAGUUACAGUUGCAUUUGGAGACAAAUUAUUUCCAGAUUUAUAA